GCUGUGAGUCUGUGGGUGUGGUGGCGGCCUGUGGGAAGCCAUAGGGCCCUUUCACAGGCCAGCCCUUCACCAUGGCGGGAGGGAGACCGCAGCUGAAGAGGAGUUUCUCCAUCAUUCCCUGCUUUGUCUUUGUGGAGUCGGUGCUUCUGGGCGUCGUGGUCCUGCUCGCUUACCGCCUGGAGUUCACAGACACCUUCCCCGUGCACACCCAGGGCUUCUUCUGCUAUGACAGUACCUACGCCAAGCCCUACCCCGGGCCUGAGGCUGCCAGCCGAGCGCCUCCUGCACUCAUCUACGCCCUGGUCACUGCUGGACCCACCCUCACGAUCCUGCUGGGGGAGCUGGCGCGUGCCUUUUUCCCAGCGCCGCCUUCCACCAUCCCCAUCAUCGGGGAGAGCACCAUCGUGUCUGGGGCCUGCUGCCGCUUCAGCCCCCCGCUGCGGAGGCUGGUCCGCUUCCUGGGGGUCUACUCCUUCGGCCUCUUCACCACGACCAUCUUCGCCAACGCGGGACAGGUGGUGACCGGUAACCCCACGCCGCACUUCCUGUCCGUGUGCCGCCCCAACUACACGGCCCUGGGCUGCCCGCCGCCCUCGCCCGACCGGCCGGGGCCCGACCGCUUCGUCACCGACCAGGGUGCCUGCGCCGGCAGCCCCAGCCUGGUGGCCGCUGCGCGCCGCGCCUUCCCCUGCAAGGACGCGGCCCUUUGUGCCUACGCCGUCACCUACACAGCGAUGUACGUGACUCUCGUGUUCCGCGUGAAGGGCUCGCGCCUGGUCAAACCCUCGCUCUGCCUGGCCCUGCUGUGCCCCGCCUUCCUGGUGGGCGUGGUCCGCGUGGCCGAGUACCGCAACCACUGGUCCGACGUGCUAGCCGGCUUCCUGACCGGGGCCGCCAUCGCCACCUUUCUGGUCACCUGCGUCGUGCACAACUUCCAGAGCCGGCCACCCUCUGGCCGAAGGCUCUCCCCCUGGGAGGACCUGGGCCAAGCCCCCACCAUGGACAGCCCCCUCGAAAAGUUAAGUGUAGCCCAGGAACCCGAGGCCUGCAGGCCGCAUUCGACACCGGCACGGCUCACCCCAUCCAAGCCGCAGAACUGCGCCCGCCGUGGCCACCUGAUCCCCAGCUGCGUGUCCUCCAGGGCCCCAGCCAUGUGUUCGUCGCCCCGUGUGCCCCGCCCUCGACUGAGGUCUGAGCCGACUCCCCUGCCGCUGCCCCUGCCUCUGCCCGCACCCACCCCCACCCAGGGCCCCUCGCCCUCCUCCCCUGGGCCUGGGGGGCCGGGUGGGGGUGGCGGCCGUGGCCGGAAGCUGCUGCUGCCCACGCCCCUGCUGCGGGACCUGUACACCCUUAGCGGACUCUAUCCCUCCCCCUUCCACCGGGACAACUUCAGCCCUUACCUCUUUGCCAGCCGUGACCACCUGCUGUGAGUUCCCACCGCCCACCCACAAUCCGCCCUGUCCCCAUUUCCUCCCUGCCACACGUGUGUGUGCGUGUGCUGUGUGAGUGCCAAAGCCCCGGUCCCCGAACCAGCCAGGCCCGGACAUCAGAGGAGGGCUGGAAGGACACUUGGGGGACCCCCUGCCUCUCUUGUCCCCCUGGGACAUCCAAGUGGGCAUAACUGGGAGGUGGGCCCUUGCCCCUAGGAUUGCCCUUUUAAGGGCCUAAGCCUGACCCCAGUGGCCAUUGCCCAGCCAAUGGGAGCCCCCAGUUCUCAGAAUUCUAACCAAAAGGAGUUUCCAGCAGCCAAUGGGAGCCUCCCUCUCACUUCUUAGAAUCCUUAGACAAGAGGGCAACUCCGGCCAGUGUUGAGCGUCUGAACAUGGAAUAGGAGUCCUUGGUUUUCAGAAUUUCUAGGGUGGGUGGGUAUGAUACCAGUCAAUGGGGGACCGCCCAUGGCCAAGCACGUGCAAGGGAGAGGAGGGAGAUGGGGUCAUCCUUUGUCAUCGGGUGCUCUCUCCUCAGUAUCAGAGAGUCCAGCCAGAGGGUGGGGGGCAGGAUCCCCCGCAGCGGGGACCUCGGGGCACCCGUUCCCCCUAGCCCCUCCCCCACAUGUACCCUCUCCCCCAGUCCCUCCUAACUCCCUCCUUAUGCAGGGCUUGCCCCAGUUCAAAGGUUUUGGGGUUCAGGGUGCUGUGUGUCUUCUUGCCUGUGUCCACGUCACCCCAAACCCUUUUGUUAUUUAUUACGGCUGUGGGAAAGGACUUUUUUUUUUCUUGGAACCCACCCCUCUUCUUCACACUGCCCCCCAUGCCUCAGCCUCCUGCAGCUGUGCCAUCAUAGGGGGCAUGGGUGGAGCAGAGAGGGCUCCCCCUCCCUGGGCACUCAAAGGCAGUGGGCAGAGGAGACACUGCCCCCCUUUCCUGCCCUCUCCUUAUCUUUAAUAAAGACCUGUUUGUAACAGAA